AUGCCGGACGCACUGCCUCUCCUACAUAAUCGCACAAGGACACUGCUGGGGCGGCCGGAGGAGGGAAACACCCGGCCCGCCUGGGUGAUCGCUACCUUGGCCAGCAUCUUAAUCUUCACCACCGUGGUGGACGUGCUGGGGAACCUUCUCGUCAUCGUUUCGGUGUUUAGGAACCGAAAGCUGAGGAACUCCGGUAAUGUGUUUGUGGUGAGUUUGGCCUUUGCUGACCUUGUGGUGGCGUUCUACCCGUAUCCUCUGGUUCUCUACGCGCUAUUCCAUGACGGCUGGUCGCUGGGCAACACACAAUGCAUGGUCAGCGGCUUCCUCAUGGGGCUGAGCGUCAUCGGCUCCAUCUUCAACAUCACGGGGAUCGCGGUGAACCGCUACUGCUACAUCUGCCACUCCUUCUCCUACAGCCGGCUGUACAGCGUCCGCCGCACGCUGCUCUACGUGGGCCUCAUCUGGCUGCUCACCGUGGCCGCGCUGGUGCCCAACUUCUUCGUGGGCUCCCUGCGCUACGACCCGCGAGUGUACUCCUGCACCUUCGCCCAGAACGUCAGCAGCUCCUACACCAUCGCCGUGGUGGUGGUCCACUUCCUGGUGCCCAUCGCCGUGGUGACCUUCUGCUACCUGCGCAUCUGGGUGCUCGUGAUCCAGGUUCGCCGUAAGGUCAAAGUGGAGGAGAGCUCCCGCCUGAAGCCCAGCGACCUGCGCAACUUCAUCACCAUGUUCGUGGUGUUCGUGCUGUUCGCCAUCUGCUGGGCGCCGCUCAACCUCAUCGGCCUGGCGGUGUCCAUCGACCCUGGCCGCGUGGGCCCCCUCAUCCCCGAGUGGCUCUUCGUGGUCAGCUACUUCAUGGCCUACUUCAACAGCUGCCUGAACGCCGUGAUCUACGGCCUGCUCAACAGGAACUUCCGGCAGGAGUACAAGCACAUCAUGGCCUCGGUGCUGGUGAGCUGGCUCUUUGUCUCCGAGUCGUCCAGGGCCACCGAGGGCAAGAGCGUGCGGAGCCCCAAGCCGUCGCCCGUCCCGCCGUUCAACAACAACGAGUCCUUCAAAAGCCACCAUGUCCCUGGUUUUUAUGAUCUGGAGCGUUGAAACUUUCUUUCCCUUUUUUGUACCGGGAAAUAUGCCUCUGAUCUCAAAAUCU